CGCCAACCUCAUUCCCGCCACGCUCCUUCUCUUGCAUAUACCCUAACAUUCUAUAGUUAUCCCCACCGCCGUCGCCAACGAUGCCCGGUGAGGUCUCUUCAUCCCCCCAAGCCCAGGCCCAGGUCAAUGGCAUUGUCCAGGACGAUGUCGCCAAGAACCGCGUAGCCGUACACACUUUCGACCCGAAUGCAUCACCCGAAGCGAAGGGUGCUGCCGCUGGUAAAGGCAAGGAGAAGCUGAAGCCUGACGGAGGGGACGAAGGAGCCGGUGAGAAAGAAAUCUCCGUCGACACUGGUACUUCCAACGUCGUACCCACCAUCACUAUCGAAGACAUGUCCGAUGAGCCAGGCUUUGAGGUGGAGCACUCCGGAGAGAAUGCGGCUGCCGAUCCAGAAGUUCCUGGAGCAAUUCCGUCAGGACCUGCAUCAGUUAUCCCAGAAUGGUACAAGGUCGGCUGGCGAGAAGUCGGUGGCAUCGACGCCCAGCGCGUACUUGAAGGAGAGGAGAAGGACAAGUUUGUCUUGCAGGCCUUCAUCAAGGAACAGUAUUAUGGUGAAUGGUACCACAAUGCGGCCAUCAUCGUUGUGUCAGUGGUAGUAGCGCAUUUCAUGACGCGCUUCAACUUCGGCUGGGGCUGGCUCUUUGUCCUCCUCGCAUUCUGCAACACCUACUAUACGACGUCUAUGACGCGUGUCAGGCGGCGGGCGCGGGACGACAUCCAGCGCGAGCUCGUGAAGACACGGCUCGAGUCCGAGUUCGAGUCCGCGGACUGGAUGAACAACUUCCUCGAUCGCUUCUGGCUCAUCUACGAGCCGGUGCUGUCACAGACUAUCAUCGCCUCCGUCGAUCAAAUCCUGAGCACGAAUUGCCCGUCGUUCCUAGAGAGCCUCCGGAUGAGCACCUUCACGCUCGGCACGAAGGCGCCGCGGAUCGACAGGGUGAAGACGAGCACGCGGACGGCGGACGACGUAGUGCUCAUGGACUGGGCUAUCUCGUUCACGCCGAACGACGAGAGUGAGCUCACGAAGAAGCAGGCGGACGACAAGGUCAAUCCGAAGAUCGUUCUGGCCGUGCGGGUGGGCAAGGGCAUCGCGAGCGCGACGAUCCCGAUUCUGCUGGAAAACAUCGAGUUCACGGGCGUGCUUCGUGUGCGCAUGAAGCUGAUGACGACCUUCCCCCACGUGCAGCUUGUGGACCUGUCGUUCACGGAGAAGCCGCACUUUGAUUGGGUGCUCAAGCCCAUCGGAGGCGAGACCUUCGGUUUCGAUAUCGGAUUUAUCCCUGGUUUGUCCUCGUUCAUCCGCGACAUGGUGCAUGCCACCCUUGCCCCGAUGAUGUACGAACCGAACGUCUUCACGCUCAAUCUCGAGCAACUCCUCUCUGGUGCACCACUCGACACCGCUGUUGGAGUGCUGCAGAUCACUGUGCAGUCCGCACGCGGUCUGAAGGGGAACAAGAUCGGCGGCGGCACGCCUGACCCGUAUGUCAGCUUGAGCAUCAACAACAGGUCAGAGCUUGCGAGGACGAAAUACAAGCAGAACACUACCAAUCCAACCUGGAUGGAGUCGAAGUUCCUCCUCGUCAACAACCUCACGGAGUCGCUAAUCCUUUCGGUCAUGGACUACAACGAUCACAGGAAGGACUCGGAGAUUGGGAAUGCAAUGUUCGACUUGUCGAAGCUGCGUGAGGAUGCGACGCUUGAGGGCCUCGAGACGCCUAUCCUGAAGGAUGGGAAGGAGAAGGGUAACAUGCGCUUCGACGUGACCUUCUAUCCUAUCCUCAAGCCCGAGGUGGACUCCGGAGGAAAGGAGCUGCUGCCGAUGGAUACCAAGGUCGGCAUCGUCCGCCUGACCCUCCACCAAGCGAAGGACCUCGAUCAUACGAAGUCCAUGUCCGGCGAGCUGAACCCCUUCCUGCGCGUGUACACUGGCACGAACAACAAGCCCAUCUUCACCACCAACAAGGUCAAGCAUACGAACAAUCCCGUCUGGGACGCGUCUACCGAGUUCUUGUGCACGGACCGCGGCUCGUCCGUCGUCACCGUCAAGGUCGUCGACGACCGCGACUUCCUCAAGGACCCUAUUAUCGGUUACUUGAGCGUGCGUCUGGAGGACUUGCUGAAGGCGGCACAGGACAAGGAGCGUGAUUGGUGGCCGCUGAGCCACUGUAACAACGGACGUCUGCGUCUGAGUGCAGAGUGGAAGCCAUUGAACAUGCCUGGUAGCGUCCAUGGUGUGGACCAAUAUGUGGCGCCGAUUGGCGUAGUGAGACUCUGGCUGAAGAAGGCGACGGAUGUAAAGAACGUCGAGGCUGCGCUGGGAGGGAAGAGUGACCCGUAUGUGCGUGUUCAAAUCAACAACAUUACGCAAGGUCGUACGGAAGUAGUGAAUAACAACCUGAACCCUGAGUGGGACCAAAUCAUCUACAUCCCGGUCCAUUCACUGAAGGAGACAAUGAUGCUGGAGGCCAUGGACUAUCAACAUCUCACCAAGGACCGCUCGCUCGGGUACGUCGAGCUCAAACUGUCCGACCUCGCCAAACCCUCCGAGGGAGAGUUCCUAUUUGCAUCCACCGGCAAGAAGGUUGCCGAGGAGCCCAUUAUGUUGGACCACGGCUCGUACAAGGGCAAGCUGCACUAUGAGGCCGAGUUCGUGCCUGCUAUUCCUGUCAAGGGCAUUGGCUUCGAGUCUGGCCAGAAUGAGAUCGAACGUGCGACCAACCGUACGAGCAUGACCGAAACUGAGGGCGGCACCGUUGCUGACGAUCGCUCGUCUACGUCUUCCCUGCGCCGUGAGCGUGCCACAUCAAACGUUAUCGAGGGCAUCACGGUGUCGAGGCCACUGGAUUCGAGCGAGAAGCUGGAUCAGGAGGUCUCGAAUGGAGCUGCGCCGGAGGCACCUGAAGAGCCGGCCACCAAUGGCGACGUCCCCAAAGAGCACCGUCCCGAGGAGGAAGGAUUGGAACUCUCGAAGGAGGAGCUACUCAAUCACCAGUCCGGGGUUAUUAUCUUCAACGUCAUCUCCGGGCAGCUGCACAAGAAGGCUCGUCUGGAGGUCCUGUUGGACGAUGCAUACUGGCCCGCUUUCAGUACUGUGCGUCCGCGCAGCCACAAGGCGCAAUGGGAGUACAUUGGCGAGGGCUUCGUCAAGGAGCUCGACUUCGGACGUGUGUGGUUGCGACUCAACGAAGCCGAUGAAGGCGACAAGGACGAUGUUGUCGCGGAAUGGAAGGGCGAUGCUAAGCCCUUCUUGGAGCGUGCGAUGGAUGGCCCAACUUCGUUCGAACUUCUCCAUUCUGGCGACGAGGACAAGAAGUCAGUCGUCCAGCUUGAAGCGCGGUACCUCCCCGUUCCAGUCAAGUUGGAGCCGAGGGAAAGCGUGAACAACCAAGGAAUGCUCCGCGUCGAUCUUAUUGAUGCACACGACCUUCUUGCCGUGGAUAGAGGAGGGAAAUCUGAUCCGUUCGCGGUGUUCCAACUCAAUGGACACAAGGUCUACAAGUCCCAAACCAAGAAGAAGACACUCAACCCCGAGUGGGGCGAGAAUUUCGUUGUGCAGGUGCCAUCCCGCGUCUCAGCAGACUUCUUUCUCGAAGUAUACGACUGGGAUCAACUCGGAAAGGCGGAUAUCCUUGGGUCCGGCAAGAUCGACCUCACAGACAUCGAGCCAUUCGAGUCGAUUGAACGGGUCAUCCAACUGUCGUUGCCCAAGCAUGGCCAGAAGGGCUCCGUCAGGAUACGUCUACUCUUCCAGCCCGAGAUCAUUGUCAAGACCCGCAAGAACACUUCGACGUUCUCCGCAGCUGGGCGUGCCAUGACUCAGAUCGGGCACAUGCCCACUGGUGUCGUUCUGGGCGCUGGUAAGGGUGUCGCUCACGUCGGGUCUGACAUCAAGGGCAUUUUCAAGAGCAAGGAUCACGCGAAGGCUCAGUCGUACGAGGUGGACAGUGAUCGAGGGUCAGUGGUGGACUUGCCAGCUGGUCAGGCGUCGCAGCCGAUCAAUGGGCAGGGCUCCAUUACGGCGGCGGCAUUCCCUGCGAGCCCCAGUCUCAAUGGUGACAGCUCACUGAACGGACAUGCGUCGGACCGCGGGACGCUGCGCGUCGUUGUGAUGGAUGCAAAGGACAUGUCUAUGAGUGAUGUCAAGCCAUAUGUCGUCUUGCGUGUUGGCGAUAAGGAGCACAAGACGAAGCAUUCCCACAAGACGGCGACGCCCGAGUGGAACGAAUCAUUCACGUUCUCCGCUGCCCCUGCAACACAGCCCAAAAUGCACGCUUGGAUAUACGACCACAAGACACUCGGCAAGGACAAGUUGCUCGGUUCUGCUGAGAUCGACGUAUGUACUGAACAUCUUUACAGCCAACGUAGCUCACUCUCUCUUUAGCUCUGGCGCCACCUACAGACGGGCUCUGGGGUGUCAUCUGCGGAAGUCUCUGCGGAGUUGCGUGAAGGACAGGGCGUCCUGCGGAUGCGUCUGGAGUUUGACCCAGAAGGUAGCAGCCCUACUCGCUCCCGCACUUCAGUGCAAUCGCUAGUAGGCAACAGUGCCCCCAUCUCACCCUCAAGAUUCAGCUUGAGUCGACGGCGCGGAGCUGAGCGCGACGACUGAAGCCUCAAAAUGGACGGAUCUUACCUACGCUUUUCUACUCCUACUCACCAAUCUUCUUCUAUCGUCGUCUGCAUCCGCACAUGCUCUGAUUAUUAGCCGCAUUUGUACUAUUUGGACAUUACAGCAACCUAUAUCCAUCGUUAGUCGUUAUGAUAGCAUGGCACAAUGUGCCAUUGUUCACACUAUUCUCGAAUCCCUCAUAAUGACGAACGGAAUACCGUCAUGACUAACC